CUCCCCUGCCGGGCGGCUGACCCGCGCUGCUCCUCCUCGUCCCCUGCACCCCUCGGGAAUGGAGCUUUUCUUGCUGAAGAAACCCAAGACAGCUGAAAACCAGAAGGCGUCUGAGGAGAAUGAGAUUACUCAGACGGGUGCAUGCAGCGCCAAGCCGGGCCUUCCCUGCCUGAACCUUGAAGCUGUUCUGUCUCUGAGCCCGGCCCUCAUCCACUCACCACAUUCACCACCAAACCUGCACGCACACACAGGGUCAUCUGAUUGUAACAUCAGUUGCAAGGGGAUGACAGAGCGCAUUCAUAGCAUCAACCUUCACAACUUCAGCAAUUCUGUGCUCGAGACCCUCAACGAGCAGCGCAACCGUGGCCACUUCUGUGACGUGACGGUCCGCAUCCACGGGAGCAUGCUACGCGCCCACCGUUGUGUGCUGGCGGCUGGCAGCCCCUUCUUCCAGGACAAGCUGCUGCUGGGCUACAGCGACAUCGAGAUCCCCUCAGUCGUGUCAGUCCAGUCUGUGCAAAAGCUCAUUGACUUCAUGUACAGCGGGGUGCUGCGGGUCUCACAGUCUGAGGCCCUCCAAAUCCUCACAGCUGCCAGCAUCCUGCAGAUCAAGACUGUGAUUGAUGAGUGCACAAGGAUUGUCUCACAAAACGUGGGAGAGGUCUACCCGGUGAUUCAGGAUUCUGGCCAGGAGACACCCAGGGGAACACCUGAAUCAGGCACCUCGGGGCAGAGCACUGACACAGAAUCUGGCUACCUGCAGAGCCAUUCGCAGCACAGCGUGGACAGGAUCUAUUCAGCCCUCUAUGCCUGUUCCAUGCAAAAUGGCAGCGGGGAGCGCUCCUUUUACAGUGGAGCUGUGGUCAGCCACCAUGAAACAGCCCUGGGGCUCCCCAGGGACCAUCACAUGGAAGACCCCAGCUGGAUUACCCGGAUCCACGAACGGUCACAACAGAUGGAGCGGUACCUCUCCACCACUCCAGAGACCACACACUGCCGCAAGCAACCACGCCCUGUCCGAAUUCAAACCCUGAUGGGCAACAUCCAUAUUAAGCAGGAGAUGGAGGAUGACUAUGACUACUAUGGCCAACAGAGGGUGCAGAUCCUUGAGCGCAAUGAGUCCGAGGAAUGCACUGAGGACACUGACCAAGCAGAAGGCACUGAGAGUGAGCCCAAAGGGGAGAGUUUUGACUCAGGAGUCAGUUCCUCCAUUGGCACUGAGCCGGAUUCUGUGGAGCAGCAGUUUAUGGCUGGUCUGGGCCGGGAUGGGCAGCAAGAACCUUCUCAAGCAGAUCAAAACGAUGUCCCCGCUGAUGGCACUCAGCCACAGCAGCAGCAGCAGCAUGUAGAUGCCAACGCUUCCUCGCCAGAGAGAAGCAAUGACGUUGAAAUGGACAGCAAAGUGCUCACAGUCAAUAACAGCACCGAAAAGGGGGCAUUGCAGCCUUCUGUCAACACAACUGUUGCCCAACCAUUGCCAACCACACAGAUCUACUUACGCCAGACAGAAACCCUCACCAGCAAUCUGAGGAUGCCACUGACUCUGACCAGCAACACUCAGGUCAUUGGCACAGCUGGCAACACCUACCUGCCUGCCCUUUUCACCACACAGUCUGCUGGCAGUGGCCCUAAGCCUUUUCUCUUCAGCCUGCCCCAGCCUUUAGCUGGCCAACAGACACAGUUUGUGACAGUGUCCCAGCCUGGCCUGUCAACCUUUACUGCCCAGCUGCCAGCCCCACAGCCCUUGGCCCCAUCUGCGGGCCACAGCACAGCAGGUGGGCAAGGCGAGAAAAAGCCUUACGAGUGCACUCUCUGUAACAAGACUUUCACCGCCAAACAGAACUACGUCAAGCACAUGUUUGUACACACAGGUGAGAAACCCCACCAAUGCAGCAUCUGUUGGCGCUCCUUCUCGUUAAAGGAUUACCUAAUCAAACACAUGGUGACGCACACUGGCGUGAGGGCCUACCAGUGCAGCAUCUGCAACAAGCGCUUCACCCAGAAGAGCUCCCUGAAUGUGCACAUGCGCCUCCACCGCGGGGAGAAGUCCUACGAGUGCUACAUCUGCAAGAAGAAGUUCUCCCACAAGACCCUGCUGGAGAGGCAUGUGGCUCUGCACAGUGCCACCAACGGCACACCUGGAGCCACCGGCACCGGCGCCAGGGCCGUCCCUGCCGGGGUGGUGGCCUGCACGGAGGGGACCACAUACGUCUGCUCUGUCUGUCCAGCUAAGUUUGACCAAAUCGAGCAUUUCAACGACCACAUGAGGAUGCAUGUGUCAGACGGAUAAGUAGAAUCUCUCUCUCUUUGUUAUGAACAAAAAAAAAAAAAAAAUAGAAACAACAAAAAAAGCUAUGGCACUAGAAUUUAAGAAAUGAUUUUUGUUUCGUUUUUACCUUUAUUUUCCUCCUUUUUUUGGGUUCGUUUCAUUUUGUUGUUUUUGUACUACAUGAAGAACUGUUUUUUGCCUGCUGGUACAUUACAUUUCCGGAGGCUGGGUGAAUAAGAAUUUUCCUAACCUCCCUCGGAUGGUGGCCUUAAGGCCAGGUAGUGCUUCAUGAGCUCCACUGGUUGGAUCUCUAGCUACUGGCCUCUAAAUACAACCCUUCUUUACUACAAAAAAACAAACAAACAAACAAACAAAAAAAACCACAAAAAAAAUCAAAAAAACAGACAGAAAAAAAUAAAAAAAAAUUCUCACUUGUGAAGAGCACUACAAAAAAAAAAAAGAAACAAAGCGAAAUAUAUUACAAAUCUACAAGGCCUACUGUCGUUAUAAGUACACCGCUCGCAGUGUUUCAAUGGACAUAAUUCACAAUGCUGACCGCUUUUGGACUUCACAGUAUCCAGUUAGAACUGUGGAAUAUUUUGCUUCUGGUUGAGCAGCAACCAGAGGAAACAAGGCCCUGCUGGUUUCCACCACGUGUCUGCUUUCUCACACACACGGCCAUCCACAAACACACGAAAGGGCUGAGGGAAGCGCGAGGCAGUGUGGCUUGGAUAGUGUGGAGUCCCUGCAGGGUGAGGAAAAAGAAUCAGAGGUUCCUCACCUGGAUUCUGCUCCAUCCCAUGCUCUCUGGUGCACCCUCCCCGCUGCUUUUCCCAUACCACCACCACCUUAAAGCAGAAACCAAGAAGAUUCAAACAACGAGCUACGGUGGCUUUUUUGUAAUUUAUUCAGUGUCUUCGCUGAGCCCAGGGCCUCAGCACAAUCAAGAGGGACUUUCACAGAAGGCAAAGAGAAACACAGAGGAAAAUCAAAGAUAUCAGAGGUUGCAACCUAUGGAUCUAGGUACAAGAGAAGGGUUAGUUCCCACAAUCUUUGCAAAAAAAAAAAAAGUUGCAUCAGGAUUUAUUCUUGUGGAAGAAAGAGGAAUAGAGGGUGGGUGGGGAGGGGAAUAACUAAAAAAAGAGUUCUUGGGACUUUUUUAAUUCAAAAUUUUAUAGAGGGGCAAAAGUGACGUUUACCAGAUAGAAUGCUGAUUUUUUUAAUAUAUUUACAACAGUAUUUGUGUAAAAAAAAACAAAAAAGUGAGAUUGUUAAAAGUAAUUUUUCUUUGUUUUCUUUUUUGUUUUGCGUACACUGCCACUAAUAUCUUCUCUUUUAUUAUAUAUAUGAAUAUAUAGAUAAAUAUAUAUUUUAUUUUAAAUUGAGACUGUUAAGGUUAGCUAACCUGCUUCCAGAUAGAGGGGGGGAGGGGAGAUGAUCUUGAUUUUUAUUUUAAAAAAGAGGAAGGAUGUUUCUUAAUUUUCUUUUCUAGUAUUAUUCUCUCUCUCUUUUCUAAUGGAAUCAAGAAUUACCUGGGUCGAUGAGGGGCUCUGUGAAGUCAUCUGUGAGAUUAUCUACUAGAGUUUGUGCAUCCUGCAGUAUCAUUUGAACUGCUACUUUGUUUUUGAAUUAUGUGGUUCUCUUUUUGGCUCUUACCAAGGUUCUGUUGUUUCCUUUUUUUCUUUCCACCUCAGAAUUUAUUUCUGCUGAAGGGUGGUUCCUUUUGAGAAAGAGAUUUUUCUAGCAAUGUUCCCUUGGUUUGGGGGAUUAUAGAGUCUGUAGUCUUUUCUUUCUUCUUAUUUUAAAGAGUAAUGAAAGUUUUGGAAGUGUGUAAUAACUAGGAUUUCCCUUCUUUUUGGUCACUGGACAAGAAUUAAUCUGCUGUAUUGUUCUCUCAUCCCUGCCUUGCUCGCUAGAGAGCUUCCAUAUUUGUGUGGGAAUCUGAUCCUGCCCCUGGUAAUUUGUGCUGAUGCCAAAAUAACUUAAAAUGUUACCAUUGCAAAUUAUCUUCCCUUCUUCAUUUGCAAAAACGUCAAACUGAAGGGCCACGUCCCACAUUCUCUGCAUAUGCAAAGCUGUGCAAGGAAUGUAGGAUCGGAGUGAAAGAUUGAUUCCUGAUCUGCAUAUAUAUGUUGGUGUUUUGUAUUUUGUUUUAUUGUGUUUGGGCUGGUGUUCUCCCUAGUCGUCUUCUGUGUAUCUGCGUGAGGAUUUUCCCCCCAAAGCCAACUCCCAAAGUACAGGGGUCCUUAGUUCAGCUGGAUCAGUGUCUGACUCUAUCUUUGUCUUGCUUGAAAUCCAUAGCUAGGAUUUGCACCAGCUGCACUCUGGACUUUAUAUUUUAGACAGAGAAGAAGCACCUAACAAAAAUAUGCAAAAAGAAGAAAAAAAAAAAAAAAAAAGAAAAUUUGCUAGUUUAGCUUUUACUUGUGUCUAUGUUUAAAUUAAGCUUUCUUAAGUUUACAAAACUUUGCUUGUGAACACUGAGCAUUUCACAUGAGACAUUUUUUUAUGCUGGACAACUUUCUAACUAUUGACUUGAUAGAUCUCCGCAUACAAUUUUGCGUGUUCUUUACACCUGCGGCUUCUGUAUCGGAUGUCUGUGAUUUAGCACGGGUAACCUCAUUGCUGUGUUCUACAGCUGUUCCAUUACUGAUUUGUUUUGGGGAAAAAAAACUGACAGGUGUUUCAGUCUCAGAAUCUUUCUGUACCCUGCAAGAUAUUGUUCAGCAGAUCCUAAACACUGAAGCCCUGAUUCUCAGCUGCAGUGGGCAGCAUAAAGAGACUUUCAGGCAAGUGCCAGGCCAAAUGAGCCUCUUAUAUGGUAACGUCUUUUUUGUUAUGAGUUUGUUUGGGUAGUUCAAGGGGGGUGGAAAAGGAGCACAAGUUAGUUAAUAAAUACAAUUCUCAUAACCACAUUGGUAAAAACAAUGCUGGCAGGUAAACCAAGAAGUGAAAAGACAAUGCCUAGGAGACAGAGAGGAGGAACUAAUAUCUGCCAUGUAAAGACACACUAUGUAUGUACAGAAAAAAAGGGUUCUAGAGAAAAGGGUGUGGAAGAAAAUGGGUGAGGUGAACCUAUACAAAAGGAUUGAAGGUCAUUCUCUGAAGAAAGGAGUUUUAGUAUUAAGAAGUUUGGUGUUCUCCCAUAUUAGGAAUUAAUGAAGAAUUUUACCCAUCUUAAAAAUCUGUAGCUGCUCAUUUGUCAUAUGAGGCCUGGGGAAAAGCUGUUUAAUUUACCAUUGUUAAAUCUGGUGAACUAUAGUCGAGAUGUAACGUAUUCUGGCAUAUGGUUCUGAUGCCAGAAGAGGUACGGCAGUACACAGGAAAUAAGAAUCAGGGUUUGCAUCCACCUAAAUCCAAAUACUAUGAUGUUUAGAGAGAAAAACCCUACCUAAAAUCUAAAUCCUGUCCUAUCUGUUUAACCUUACCUAAGUCAAAGCAGCAUCAUCUUUGAAAUACAAAUUUGUUAUGGGACCUAAUAAAUUUGAAGUGAAUUAAAGAUCACUUGUGAAUGAAGGGUGCCAAUUAAAAAAAAAAAUGAACUUCUUAAAGUAGUAGCACACUAGAUUGAAUUCUGAAUCACUUGUCGAACAGUUUAGACCAAGGUCUUCACAUAUGGCUGCCUGAAAUAUAAACUGAUUUUGUUGAACUUCUGGGCUCAAAAAUUAGGGGCUUGAUUUUGUAAAACAUGAAGCAACUUGCAGCAUGACUGUGAACGUAGCUGAAAGUGCUAAUCCGUUCACUUACUUAGGUGCCUUUCUGUGAACUUAAAAGCUCAAACAUAGACCCCUUUAUCUUUUAAAAUGUUAAAUUCUUUUAAAUAAUGCUUCCUUCCAUCUGUUGACAUAUUUGUUUAGUACUUGGAAACUACUACAAUAUUUGAAUAUUACAGGUAUCUUCAAGCUUCAUGUAUCGUUACAUUAUUCCUGUUAAAAAAUACCUGUGCUACGCUAGCAGGCCUGAUGAUUGACAAGCUGCUGUUGACAGUGUUUGAGUGCAUUCAUCUCAGUAUGCUUGAAAGGUUUCUUUCAAAACACCCAAUGAAAUGAUAUAGAGGAGAAAGAGCAGGCUGUAGUGACAGAGCAUGCAACAUCCUGCAUUCCUUGACCCUGAUUCUCACUUUCCCUAAAGCUGUCUCUCUGUAUGUUGCUUUGGCAAUGGAAAAGGGUAUUAGAAAGGACAUAAGCAUACAAAUCCAGGCUUCUCUGCAAGGCAAAAGUGCAAUAAAAGAAGCCUUAGAGUAAAUGAGAGGUAAGUGCCUUCUCUUACUGCUGCUGAGGCUGAUGAUGUCAAUUGAAAAUGUGGGAUUGACCAGAGCAGAUCUGCCCUGUGGUCCACCUUGCCCAGUAUUCUGUCUCUGACACGUGGCCAGUUGCAGAUGAUUUGGAUGAAGACGAAAUACCCAUGUUGGAUAAUUACAAAGUAAUAAGCCUAUGAGAGAAGAUUUAUUAUAAUCCUCAUUAGCUAUGUAUCUGCUUAUAACCUAAAGACAUAGUAAUUUAUGGCCUUAACAUUUUAUCCCAUAUAAAAAUUAUAUAUUGUGGCAGAUAAUUCUCAUUAUCCUUUAAAGAUCUAGCUUAUUAAUUGCUAGGUGGCCCCAGUGCUAUCCUGCAGAAGUGAGUUCCUCAGGUUAAUUACCACAUUGUAAUUAUUCCUUUUCAGGUUAAUUUUGUUGCUGUUCAUUGAAACACCCUUGCUCUUUUAUUAUGUGUAAUCAUAAAUCAGAGAACAAAACUUCUUUUACCCAUUCCACUAAAGUCUGCCUCUCUCUUGGAAGUCUGAAUCCACAAGAAAUGCAGGACCACAACUUCAGUGUCUGCCGGACAGUAAGGAGAGAACAGCUACCAAGUGUGUGCGGCUGCCUGUGUGGAGUGUGUGCGUUAGUGAGGUUCUCCUACAGGGAUCUCUUGCAGAGGACUGGCAAGUGUGACUCGUAAAUAAUAGGAACAUUCCAGCAGAGUACACCAGUUAAGAAGUUGUAAUAUGAUGUGAAAUAUCAUAUCUGGUCCCUCUUCUCACAAAACCCUAAUAAUAGUCUCUCAUAAGGGAAAUAGUUACAGAUAUUUUGCAGGAGCUGCUCUGGGGACACUUUCUCAGCAACUGUCAUGCGUCUGCUAGGCCCACUUCUGGCCCAUGCUCUCUGUUGUUUUCCAAACCAGCUCGAAUUCACAGUAAGCUAACAGAGAAGAGUGGCAUUUAAUUGACUUUCUAAAACAGUGGAAUUUCCCUUUGCUCUAAGAUUAAAGAGGCCAAGUGGUACCCAUUUUUCUUUCAACUUCUUUUUCAUCCAAAGUAGAGUAAUAACCCACAUACCAUCAGCCCCCUCACUUCUUACCAACCCCAAACUGAUUUCAGUUGAACUUCAGUUAUGCGAUUAAUGCUGGAUCAUUCACAUGAUGGAGGAACAAAUCUCUCACCUUUAGCGAGUAUUAUGCUAGCAUGUCCUGCCUCUCUUAGUAAUGAAAGCAAAUCCCACAGGGAGAAGGUACAAAACAUACUAUUUGCAGAAGUGUUGAGUCCAAUCCAAAAUCCGAGCCACCCAAACCAUUUAAAACAUAACCAGACCUUCAGUAGGCCUAGGACUGUAGACUGGUGACCCUUCUGACAGUCUUAUACUAAGAAAAUCCUCCAGCUUUCACUGCCGAAGAUGGCUUGCCACUCUAGAAGAAGUUUAACAUCAAAUUGGCACCUGGUGGCUGUUCUGUCAAGGACAACUAGACCUUGGUAAUCCAACCCUUUCAAUUCAGAAUCCAGCUGCUCUGAGCCAUUGAAAUAAACCUGACAGAAAUGAAUCAGCAGGUAGCCUCACUGAAGCAGCACCUGAUCAGCCUAAAGCAAAAUAGCUGCUUUUUACAUUCCUUGAUUUGUUUUUAUGCUGUGAAAAUUUGUGAAGGAGGUGUAAUGUGAUGACAACUUGGCUCUGAAAGGUUUUGAGCCUACUCUGCUCCCAGGAGGUUUGUCUCUCAGUAGGAUCUGGCCUCUAAGUGAUCACAGCUCUGCUGAAGAAAGGCUUAUGAGAUUAAAUCUGGAGUCUUGAGUUUGUAAAUGCAAUUAAAACAUUUCCCCGUGCUUGAGUGUCCCACUGACAGAAACGAAAAUCAGGUAGGAAGGCCUUGAAGAGGGGCAGAUACUGGAGAUACCAAGUCUCUGCAGCAUGUCCAGUAAGACAGCCAAGUGUAUGAGGUGGCCUAAGGCUAUAUUCAUGUCCAUCAGGGGUCUGUUCUGGCCAGGCCAAGUCAGUGUUCUUGCUGCUGUUAACCUUCUUAUUUGUCCUGCUAGAAGUAAAAAGCUCUCAGCUGACUUCCUUUAAAGCUGCUCAGUGAUCCAUUUCAUUUCAGCAGGAGCAAAGGAGUCCCCAGAUUUUGACAAAUGACUAAGCUCUGAAAUUUGGAGAGAAUUUUAGCUAUGUGUGUAUUCUUCAAACUAACUCAGACAAAACAAAAAGACAGGUUAUGUUUUCUUUAGUGUAGAACAGAGAGAUUUGGUCCUCAAGGGAACACUGACAAAGAGAUAACCUGUCUGAAAAAUGAGAAUGCUUUACUCUCCUAGACCUAUUGUUGUGAAGCACAAGGGGAAUCUUUGUUUCAUUUUUCUAAGAAAAUAUGUAAAUGAGAAACAAAAUGUGUUAGGUAAUAGUGUAUAUCCAUCUAAUUAUUCCCAGUGCUGAUAACUAAUCAACUAGAUUAGUGCCUCUAGGAGCAGAGAAAAUGUUACGCAUUCAGUGUUUCUAUUUCUGAUCCCCCUCUGCUAUAGAUCAGGAGUAACUAUCAGAAGUAACUAAGAUGAAAAUAGAUGACUUAGAGAAAUGCAAAGUCUUGGUGAACAACAUAAUUAUUUCCCUGCUUAUGUCUGCCAGUAUCUGGACAAAUAGCUACUCUGAACUAAUGUUUAUAAUUACUAGGCUACUGUUAGAUAAUUUUGGUUUAAAAAUUAUGGUUUUAGUGAAAAAAAUACAAAGCGAAAUAUUAAUUGUUACUUUUUCUUGAUAUAUUUAGCAACGGUGCUGGCUUGUUUUUGUAUUUUAGCCUCUGCAGUAGUGCGUGAUCCCCAGGCAUUAUGAGAGAGUCCAAGGAGAAGCAGAGUUGGCUGCAAUUAAAGUAAAAAAGUAAAUUGAGCCCCUAAUGUGCUUUAAAUCACUGUUCGCAUUGCAAUUGGUUACUCAACUAAAGAGUUUCUGGGUUUAUUUUCAAAUGCGAGUCAAAUUUAUUCCAAACAUAAUUCUAGCAAAGUCACAUCAGGAAAAGAAUCAGUAAUGCCAGUUUCCCCAGUAAUUGUUCAUUAAAAGUUUUUAAAAUAAUAAGAGGCCAAUUCAAGAUAACUGUACUACUUUAACAUGUUUCUUCAUGUUAUACAUGAUGGCAGUUUUCACUACCAUGACUAAGUCAACUUUACUAAUUUAAUUCCUUUCCCUGCAGUCAGUGAGCUGAGAUUUUUGUGCACAACCACACCUGGCCAGAGAAAACUCAUGAUGUUUGCCUUAGGAAAAGAAGUGUAGCAUUUAGGUAAGCAGACCAAGAACAUCUUCCAAACACUGUCUUAGGUGUAUUUUAACCUUCCAAUUUACACAUUUGUCCUCAACUGUUUUUCAAAAAGCAAAAAGUGGUAAGAUACUUCUUUGGGAAGCAAAUACAAUGCAGCCUUGAAUACACUACGGCCUCGCAUACAAUUGCUGCCUUAAAACAGAAAUGUAUCUGAGCAGUAUGGAGUGUACCGAUGUUUUGUAUCUGUAGCAUAGUUUCAUCUAAAACAUUCCCUUCAUACGAAAAGUCUUAUAUUGUGUUUUCCUGUUUGAGAGGGUAGGGAAGAGGUAAAGAGGUAUUAAUAAGGCAUAAUCAUCUCUUCAUAUUGGAUGAUGCUUCUCAACUGUUUCUUACCUUCAGUUACAGCUUCAGGCUGGACCCUCUUCUAAAGUGAUCUCCUUUUGAUUGGGGUGGUUGGCAUCAGCUCCCUGUAGAACACUGGAGGGUAAAUCCUCUUUGUAAACUAAGUGAAUAAUAUGGGGAUAAGGCUGUGUGAUGUGACUACUGACUCCAGCUUUGCCAAUACCAGUGGAAUUCCUGAGAGAGAAAUCCAGUUAAAAGCUGCUUCCCGGUGACAAACUCAAUUCUUAAUUUCUAUCAGCGUAACUCUAUUGGCACUUUUGGGAUGGCUGCAUGUCACUGGAGAUAAAUGCAGGCCCUUUGAUUGGUUUAGCUGUGAUUUCUUUCAAGAAAAAUGUACUCCAACAAUAUCCUUUUGCUGCAACAGUAUCAUUAUACAAACAAAAAGAACCGCCAAUAUCCCAUCAUGUGUGAGAACUUUUAUCCAGUUCAGCACAUAAGGACAUUCUUGUUUCUGUUCCUCAUGCAAAAUUUAUUAGCACUUGAGCUCUCUUUGUGCUGCGAAGUUUCAUGCACAGUCAUGCAGCCACACCCCAAGCAUCCUUUGUAAAUGCUUUGUGUCAGGUUGGGCUUAGGUAUUACAGUAGCCCAAAGGCUUUCAUAUAGUCUCCACUGGGACUUACCCUGCUGACAAAUCUGGUCAGUUUGGCAAAGCGUUUCUUGCUUUGGGUAUUUUCCAGUCAGAAUUGCAGGCUUCUACUGGGUGCACACUUCAUACAGUUGACUUGUUGGUGAUUUUUUUGCCAGCUUCACAGUCCUAUGACACUUGAGGAAAGUGCAGACCUUGGUUAGAUACUUACUGUUGUGUUCUGUCCGACUCUGCAGUGACCAGUUCCUACAAAAUGGACAGAAAUCUUUCUGAGAUCUAUGCAUUUAAUUAGGCAUCUUUUCUAUUUCACUUUUCUCCUUUUCUUUUUGCAACCUGGAUAUCGCCAUGUUCUUUAGUGAACCUAAUGAAGUCUCCUAAAGGAUCAACUGCCGUGUUGAAUAUGCACAGUUCGACUAGAAAGGACCAUCACAUUCAGGAAGCAGGAUUACAUUCACCCAACUGCCCUGACAUACAUCACAACUUUCUUCCUCUCACUUUUUCCAUGAAGUCCUUUGCUAUCAUUUGUCACACAGUCUGUUGGUACCAAUGGGGUCUUUGAAUAAAACUCAAUUAUAUGGCCUCUGUGUGUGUGUGCAUGCAAAUGUAUGUGUGAGUAUGCAUGUGUAUGUGUGCGUGCAUAGGUAGAUAGCAAGCUAUCUCUUUCUGGCUUUACAGACAGGUUGCUUAUAGAGUGUGUGGGCAUGCCUGGUUCAGGAAAGGGUUUAGAUGGAACAACUGUUACAACAUUAACUGGAGCAUUGGCAUGAGUCUAUAUUAAUAUGAUGAAAAAUAAAUACACUACUUUUGCAGUAUAUAUGCACACAUAUAUUAAUAAAACACGUUCUGUUGGCCAAAUGCUCUUAACUGAUAUUUGCCCAAAUAAGACGUUUGUCCUCAUUCAAAACUUGACAUCCAGAUUUGGUCCAGUGUAUUUUUGUGAGUACCCAUUCUGAAGGGAAGGCUGGAGUGUGCCUCUCAGAGCCCUGUGUGGUCUUUCACCCACAAAAUAAAUAAAACUGGCCAGCUCAGGAGCCUUCACCGGCAGAGAUGGGCAUCCAUGGGGAGUGACAGCUCCAGAACAACUGUUGAGCUCAGUCACUCAUUUCCAUUGAAUUUCAACAUGUUCACCUGACAAAGGAAUAAAAUCCAAGCAAAAUAAUCUAACUUGCCUGUUUGCUCCCCUUAAAAAGAACAGUAAAAAAUUACCAAGUCUUUAAACAGUUAGCAACACAGGGUGUUGAUAGGGUCUGAUAUACUCCAGGUCUGGAGUCUGUAGUAUCCAAAGCGCCGUAUCAAACAGCUCUUUCCCCACCUCACGUACUCUGAAACAUAUUUACAAGUCUGAAUAUAUUUACAAGUAAUGUGAGUAAUCCAUUCUAAAUGUGCAGUCACUAAUAAUUAACAAUUAACUUUCUCUCUCUUGGUCUUUGCCAAAAUCUUUUUGGGAUUAUGGUUAGUGUGUCUAGAAGACCAAUAGAUUGUCAGGAGAAGAAAUUGGUCAGGCAGAGUAUUCAGUACGUAAUCCAUGAGAACUGCAGGAUUUCUAGAACUCAUUUUUCACCUGUUUAGUUGGGGGGAUGAAUAAGUAUGUUUAGCUACAGCUGCCUAUUUUGGUAUUGAGAUGGCCCCAAAAGUAGCAUUUUAUUAUUUUAACUCUUUUGCCCAGCUGGGGGAUUGCCCUUGUCCAGGAAAGGAUAACUGGAGACUUGGGGUGGAUUUUUUUCUUUCAUUUUUCAUUCAUAAAAGUUGAGUAAAUGUUAUUCCUCUUCUUAGAUUGGUGGCAUUUCCCUUCCCCUUUUGAAUAAGAUGAUAAAUGCAACAAUUUUGGCUGGUUGAUUUUGGGGUUUAUUUUGGUUUGGGGUUUUCCUUUGGUUAAUGUACAUUGUCUCUCUAUAGUCAAAAUGUCUGUGACUGUAACAGUAUGUAUUUCUUUUACGGGAGAAAAUAGACUUUUUGGUUUUUGUUAACAGUACUAGUGACUUUGUGGAAAAUGACAAGUUGCUAUUUAGAUAUGCUUAGUUAAGUACAGUACACUACAAUACAGUAUUUCUGAAAGCUAGAACAUACAGUACACAAUAUAUAUAGCAAUUCUAUAUCAAUAUAUAUACAUAGUAUAAUCAUUUAACUUUUGCAUCUGCCUAUGAUCAUAGAAGAAUUAUUUUUCACAUGUAUCAUUCACAACCCAAUCAACUGCUGCAGCUAUUUGAAGCAUUUAACAAUCAUUAUUACAGCUCUAGUGUGCUUUUUCAUGUUAUUGGCUUCUUUGUUGUCUUUACAACUCUUUUUUCAGACUUUUAAAAAUCUCUAUGUAGCAAGAUGUAGGAAAGUAAAUUUUUUUAAGAAAAGGUAAAACAGUAUUAGGCUCUACAAAAAGUUAGAGAUUGUUCCCUGCUAGCCUUUCAUAUCAGAACAACAAUUAAUCAAGACAAUUAAGGUUAUCUAUUAGCUCUCUUCUAAGAUGUCCUUUUAUUUCAUUUGUAAAAAUGUAUGUCAGGCUUUCCUCUUCCAUUCCUAGCCUUGGAGAAAGAUGCCACAAGUGGUCUUUCACUCUUUGCAAGUCCUGUUUCUUUAAAGUUUUAAGAUUUCCUGAAAUGAUCCUCCACACUAACGUGGGGUAGAAGAAAUCUUAUUCUCCAUACAGUUAUGCUUAAUGUGGCCAGUGGAUUUUGCCAGGAAUUGGAUAAAAAAUACUUCCAUCCACCACUAUUAAUAUGUUCAAAUUGCAUCUUUACUUAUCCACUUGAUCCCCCCCCUUUUUUCAAAUGAAAAGAGCCUCUGCAAGUUUGAGUUUCAGUUCAAAAGUUUUCCAAGGGGAGUGCUGCCUUUAUCAUUACCAGUCCACAUUGCUGUUGGUUCUGAGAUUCGGGUCAGUGCCACUAGAUUUUAAUUGUCACCACAGAGCUGCUGAAAAAAUGUCACUGAGGAUAUGUCCAUAUGUAGAUCCAAGUAGCCCUGAGGAAGCUGACCAACACCCAGGCCGUGUGGCUUGGCGUGUCCUUUCUGUGUUCUCAUCUUGCAACAGAUGGCCCAGGCAGCAAGUCUCAAUCCAAACUUCGUAAGAGUGCAAACUUAACAAAAGCAUUGAUGUUUGCUUUUCUAAUUCAGGUACAUCUAGGCUGACCUUCAUUCCUUGUUGAUAAUAUAUCAUUCCUAAGUGAAACUGUGCAAAAUCAAGUGGAUGAGCUUUGUGGAGGAGGUAUUCAUUAUAUCUCAUUUCUUCUAACUGUGAAGACUGGAAGAAAUAAAGGAUGGUCACAUCAAUUACAAACUGUGUUUUCGCUGAGAAUGAGGAAAUCUGUGUCACUGCAAAUCAAUAAGCUUAAAAGUGACUUGGGAGUGGGAAGAGAGGGCAAGAAUUACCUAUGCCACAUCUUGGGAUAAUAAAAUGAGAACUUCAAGCAUGGGAAUCGUCAAGUGCUGGCAUUCCUUACAGACUGCUGUCAUCUGCCAUUUGCACUUACGUGGAGGCCACUACCACAUCCUUUUUCUUUCUACUUGCAGUUUAAGAGUUAUGGUCUUCCAGCAGUGACUUCUAAGUCUGGCUUUUCUUUUCUUCUGUGUAUACCUUUUUGUAAGGGAAGGAAGAGACUAUUCCCUCAGUAUGAAUUACACAGGUAACAAAAUUAAUUACCCUACUACAUAAAGGAUGGGCUUUGUCCCGUCAAGCCAAACAGGUGCCAUUUCCCAAAUUAAUUCCAGUUAGCUGCUGCAACAGAGCGCUGAUUCAGUGGUCCACAUUUUCUGACCAUGGUCUUUGCCUCUUCCUUUGACUGAAUGCUGAAUCAUACAUAUUUUCGUAGAGAGCGUUCUCGCUUCACUGAGAACGCCUGAUCAUUUAACGGGCUGCAUACCCAUUCCACGCUUCCCCUGCUAAUCCUUUGUAAGGUUCAGUAAUUCAUUUAGGAUAAUUACUAGUUUAAUGUGUUUCUUGAUUUGACUUCUUCGUUGCCUUUUAUUUUUUCCUAAUGCUUUUUUAAACACCUCAGUUCAUUUUGCAUCUUAUACAGUUUACAGUUUAUAUUUUUAGGCUAAGAAGUGGUUUUACAAGCAGGAUGGUACCAAACAGGUAGAUUAUCCACACUAGAGAUUGUACUUUUAGAAUGCAGUGUGUACAGGUACAAUUGCCUAAGGGAAAGUGAAACUAACAAAAUAAUCAGCUGGUGAACACUAUUUUAACAUAUCUUUUACAUAAAAGACAGUCAGUCAUUUGUGAAUCCAGAAAUCUUGCCUUUUUUCAAUAUGUAUCCUUUCUUUUUCAUUCUCUGAAGAAAUACUAAUCUUGAGGAUUGUGAUGUUCUAAGAAACUCAUUUCAUAUGUGUGUAUUUUCUGCUUUUCUAAGGAGAGAGAAAACUGAAGGUGGUACUGGCUUUAGAGUUGUAUAGAUUCUUGCAUUGGAGACUUUUCUGAACUGACAGAAAUGUCAAGGGGAGACUCUGUCCAAAUAUUAGCUUUAUUCUAGUAUAUUAUUUUUGUUAUUACUUUUGUUUCUCCAACUCUUCGUUGACCAAGUAGACUCCAGGGCUAAUGCAAGCUGUGAUCUUGUGUGUCUGUGGUCAACAGCUCCUUUUUGCACUUCUUUUCUGUGUUAUACAGCUUUUGAGGAACACAACAGUUGAAGUAGGUAACACUGUCACCACGAGAGGGAGAACCUUGUUCUCUGAGAAUGUUGCUCUAUGCUACUGUACAGGGACUGAAAGGGAUUUUAAAGCUUUUUGCUGCAAGGUUGAGUAAGAGGAGAGUCCCCCGCCUUGGGGGUGCUUGCACCAAAGACUGGGGGCCUCCCAGGAGAGAGAAACGCUUGAUCUCCGUACAAGGGACUUGCUCUUCACCUGUGCCACUUAGAGAAAAAGACUCAAUCUCCAGUGUCUGCUGCUGCUCUUUUUUAAAUGUAUGAAUAUGUUUUAAAAAUGUUAUAGUUCCUAUUUAUUGGUGGAAGAGGUGUCACUCUUUCAUUUAUUGGAGUCAGAACUACUCGUUCACAAGUAUUUUCAACAGGUUUCAUAGUCUUUUGAGGUGCCCCUUUUCCUUUGUCCUAAUGCCAGGUUGUAGCAUGAACUGCCAUGAAACUCAUAGGGAUCCUUUAAAUCUGGAAUUUAUUCCCAGUUUCGUAUGUGCCGAGCAUUCAGUCUCCUGGAUACUUGCUCCAAAGUUCAGAUUCAAAGAAAUUCUUACAAUGAAAUGAAGCAGAAAAUUGGUGUUUUCCCAUAAACUCCACCCAUAAUGAGCUUUUGUUGUCAAACACAAGAUAAAUAAGCUGCUCCGUUCAGGCAGGAUGUACUGUGUGACCUUUCUUGUCAGCAUCAGUGAGGUCUGUACUUAAUCCUCAAAACUGAUUGGACCAGCUCUCUGUGGGCCAAACUCUGCAGGCAGGAGCCACGUGCUCUUCUGUUGACUUCAGUGUGUUUUCUCUGGCAGAGAAGGAGUAUGUAGUCCUACAGAAAGCUAUGGUCCCACAAACAAGUUUCAUACACACACUUCAGGGUAUCACAGGACUGAUCCCCAUAAUUUAGCAUGUUUCUGCCCAAAGUUUCUGUUCUUCAUAAAAUUGUUUUAAGGUUUUAUUUCACUCCAGUAGGCAAAUUUUGCCUAUGGUAAUGGCUCUGUGAUUAAAUACUCCCUCCUUCUUGCUGGGAGGCUUGACUCAAAAGAACUAUACAGGGCAGGACAGCUGCUUCACUUUGAACAAGGCGUGGGGCUUUUUCUGUCCAGAGAGUCGUAAAUAGCCUAGAGUCUUUCAUUCUACAAGUAUGUAGCCUCUUUGGGUUUGAUUGGUAAGAGCGUGUUUGUCUGAAAUGAUUAAACAGUGAACCACAAGAGCGAGUGUAGAUACAUGAUACGCAGCAAUCGCUUUUCUCUAACUUACACCCUUGCUGUGUCACUUUUCUAUUGCCAGAACAAUGUAAAAGCAUUUGUGUAUUUGGAUAUUUGGACUUCAUUCUAGGUUUCUGACUGCUUUACCCAGAAGCGCUCUGGCUGUGCCUUUUCUGUAAUGGUGAUCACAUGUUCGUGUGGGUGAAAUAAAGUUCUUUCUUUGUAAUAUCUCAUUAUAUAACCCCAAAUUCAGACUACACAUCAAACUUUCCUGAGGACUUUUUUUUUUAAGAAGUGCUACUGCACUGGGUACUCAGAGUGGAUGGGAACCCACAUAGUCUAGGGUGAACUUAGAAUUUCAGCAAACAGGUAGAACACCCUCAAAGUACACAGUGAUCAACAGCAAGAAUAUUUGUUGCUGCUGAUUAUACUGGCUAUAUUUAUGUUUAUAGAUUUUACAGAAGACUUAGCAAGCUAUAUCCACUUUGUAUCUCGUGUGCUCUGGCUCUGCACCCAGAGAGACUGCAUUUAGGUUCUGGCCCCUUGUCAUGGCUAGUGAUUCCAUUAUGCUCUAUUUUUCAUGAUAGGCUCAUUGGUGAAGAUAAACAGCAGAAGUCCUUACGAACUGGCAUUUUUUUGUGUUGGCAGAUGUUAUUCAGGACCCUUGCACCCUUAUUUAGAUUCUCUUAGGUUUUUCCCUUAUUUCUGUGCAUGUGAAACACUGUUUGUUUUUUUCUGCACUAGGAUGAGGCAGAGUAUAUCUGUGUGCCUGGAGGUGAGGGCACAGUUCUGUCUUUGCAAGAGAAAGAGAAAGGAGGAACCUGCUUCUUGGUUAUCAUUUGGUUUAUUUGUUGGUAUUUGCUUCUGUUUACAUUCUGGGGUGGGUUGCCACCUUCAGCAAGGCACUGGGAGUGGGAGAAGAGGCUGAAGGUGUGAAGAAACAUGUGCCUGAGCCUAAGCAAAGCAGCAUUAAUAUUCCUCUAUAUACUGAGCAAUUACAGUGAGAUUAGUAUAGCAGCAGCAGUAUUACCCUAAUGUGUUCCUUUUUCCAUACAUUUCCCUUUCUUGCUUCUCCUUCCCUGUUGUGGCCUCUUACACUGUUUUGGUGGUUCCCUACACUCCUUUCUAGUAGUUAUGAGGCUUAGAUGGAGACUCUUGUGUCUCUCCAAACUGAAAUUAAUCUCCAAACCAGUGAGUACCCGCAAGUCUUUGUUGUGUUUUCCCAGGUGAUAUCUUAACGAGUGGCAAACCGUGGCAGAUGUUUUAUAUUGUUAAGAGAUAGACAGGCUAGAGGAGGUCUGGGCUGAUUGGGAUUCAGUAACCUGCUGCCUUUGUUAUUAGUGAGCUUUAUUUUGUUUUUCUUAUGUGUUUUCCUUUUGAGGUACUUAAGAGCUUGUAAGCCUGUCAUUAAAAUUCCUGCUUUUCCCAUCAUAGCCCUAGAAGGGCUGUGAAAAAAAAUCCUUUUUAUAUACUCAUGUAUUUGCAGGAUGGAGGAGGGAUUUGUCCAUGCACCUGCGCGUCUGUGUGAGAGGGAGAAAACUAAAGUUAGAGUCGAUUUGUCCAUUUGUUUUAGGGUGGCCAUAGAGAGCUACCGCUUUGAAGAGUUGAUUGCACUACAGAACCUUUGCUUGGGCACUGUUAAAAUAAGGACUGUAUAUUGGGAACAGGGAAGCUUCUUAAGAUUUUUAUCCACACUUACACAUGCCCUUUGCAAGGUGUGCCCUUGCAAAGGUCACAUCUGACAACUUUGUGUGAAACCACUACUGACCUUUUUGCUGUAUCCAUUUAGUUCUCUCUUAUUUCUGCAGCCCCCAAACAAUGGCUUGUCUCCAUUCAGUUUCUGUCAUUUAACUUCUUAUGUCUUCAAUGAAAGUCCUACCUGCUAAUGAGAUCUCUGCAUUGAGUGGGAGGAGAGAAAACGAGGCAUGUGAAAGUGUGGCUGGGAGACUGCAAAUCCCCCUUUGUUUUGGGGCAUUAGUAUGCAUUUACUGAGAGCUGAUUUCUUGGGGGCUAGGUGGGACGGGGAGGGAGUUUGUGCUUUUUUGGUCUGGAUAAGGCUUUUUAUUUUUGCACUAAGUAUGACUGCACUGCACUGCAUUGCACUACUGAAAUGUAUUUACAUGUGGUGGGAUUGGAAGGGGCCAAUUAAGCAGGAAGAGAGAAGAGAAAGGGACAGGCACAGAAAACAGGAUGUACCGUAAACCUAACCAGGCUGAAAGAACCGGGAUUACCUUUACUUUAAGCAACUAGUCAGACACUGAGAUAGCGGUAUUGGAUAGCUUCCAUUUAAAAAUAAAUAAAUAAAUAAAUAAAAGUAUAAGAAAAAUAAGCACUAUAAUAGAAACUAAAGAGUCAUCACAGGUGUCAGGGUGCUAGAGAUCUUUUUCCCCCUUUUCCUAGAGAGAGUUCUUUGGGGCUGUGAGAGAGUUUAGAGAACUGCUCAGCAUGAAAACCAACCUAAGGCUUCAACCUGAAGAUACCAAUUCCUAGUUCAGAUGUCAAAACUUGCAUUGUCAGAUAGGAUCUCUUCAGAGAGGUUCAGCUCUGAUUAGCAUGCCUUCAGUAUAACCCCAUCUCUCAGCUCAAAAAGUGAAGCCACGAAGCCGGCUUACCAAAGGGGAAGGUCACUCAAAAAAAGCACUUAUUUCUGAGGCUGUUAUGGGAACAGUGCAAUAAACAGUCAUCCUGAACACUCAAUUAAAUAAAGAUGUUCCAGUCAAGCCUUUGGGGCAGAGGGAGCAGGAGGGACAUGUAGACAAGAAAGGGUGACAUGGAAUUCAGUACAGUAAGGAAUAUUUCUACUUACGCAAAGAAGCUGUCUAGCAUUUUAAGAUCUUCAAUCCGAUUUCUCUCCUCAGAUAGUCAAGCACUAUGAACGCUUUUGGAUGGAAACAAAUGGAAUCCUAAAUUGGAAACUAUUUUUCCAGUCAAGCUGUAUGUUGGUCUAUGCCUUGGUCAUUAACCUUGUAACAAGCAUAAUAUGAGAAAAAAUAAAACAGUAGUAAUGUGCAGCAAGAUCCACCUCUGCUGUAGCUCUUGGUGGUCUAUAAACUCUCAAAAGUUUCUGUCAAAUCUCUUCAGUAAGACUGUAAUUACAACUUCAGCCAGAAGGUAAAGCAGGAUCAUGAAAAAUGCUUUGUAUGACAACUGGGAGAAGAAUGUAAAACAUGAGUGCGUCUGCUUUGCUCCCAUAAUGUAGGGACCGCCAGUCUAAUGUACAUAGAGGUUUCAUGGAAAAAAAGGGGCGGUAGUCACCCAGUUGCUAAGGAAAGUCUAGAGUAGUUGGAUGGUCAACAAUUUACUCAUGCCCUGAAUUUCUUCUUAGACUUGAAGUUAAGACAUUUUGGUUUCGUUACUACCAAGGAAUGGGUUGUACAGACCUUACACAGAGCUGCACAAUGCAAAGCGGAUUGCUGUUAGUCAGUCUGUUUUGCUGCCUCAGUUGAGAGAAGUACCAAAAACUAGAGGACGAGUAAUAUACAAGAGGCAGGUCCUGGGUGGGAAGGAGAGAGUCUGUCUGGAACCAGAAGAGACUUUGGAGGGAAGAAUGUUUUUUUCUGGCAAGCUCUGAGAUUUCCACUCUUGGAUUUCAUCCAUCCUGGCUUGAAAGGACUGGAAGAGAAGAACUGGAGUUAUCCCCUGAUGUAAGUUUAGAUGAACUACUGAAUGACUCUUCCCUUCAAAGCAGGCAGGACAGUAGAACAUGCAGUGUCUUUCUGAGCCAUCUGCAGGAAUCCUGUAAGACGAAAGCCACUGGAAGGUCAUCUUCCAGUAAUGAGGCAGUGGAUGCCCGACAAAAGCACAGUUCAUUUGAGAGCCAGCAUAAUACAGUGGCAGGAAAGCCCCUUGAAUUUGUAAAAUGGCAUUUACUUCUGUGAGAGUAAUGACAGCUACAGAGUCACGAUAUGGGAGGAAAUGAAGUCUGUCUGCUGAAGUUAAUUCAGGUUAUGAGCCCAUACUCCCCUUUUUUGUCUAGGUGAGUUUUUGUUUUGUUUUCUUGUUUAAGGCAGCUGCAUAUAUUGCUACUGUCAGAGUGGAUUUGCAUUGUCAAAGAGGAGUAGUGGACUGCUCCAGAAAAAAGUGAAGCUGAGGGUUUAGUGAGCCUGCUGUGUCCAGAGUGCCUUUCCUGCUGUGGUAAAAUAAAGAACUGUAGUUUGAGCUGUUCUGGCUGACUGAUUGCUGCAUAUUCCUCCCUUGUGGUGUGACCUGAUGGCAACCAUGUUUGGACGAAGAGAGGAACACUGCAUGCUUGCAAUGCUGUGAUACGAUGCCAUUUGCACUAGUUUUUAAAAAGUACUGCAAACUGAAGUAGUGGGUUUGAAUUCAGCCUCUUUAAACCUGAUUCCAGCUGACUUAGUUUCAACAAAACCAGUCUAGUCCAUGUAAACAGGAACAAAACCAGUUUUUAAAAGCCACAUUCCACGCUAUGUUCCCACUUAUUUACAGUGCUCAACCAGAUCACAUCCCAGACAUAAAUGUGAUUGUAUAAUUUUAAUGGCUUUUAAACAAGUUAUUCCUUUUUACAUGGUCAGUUUGAAACCAGUUUAACUGGAACUGCAUUUAAAUAUAGCACAAACUCAUCUUUUUUCAGCAUGGUACUAAAGCCCCAUGUAGACAGUGCUUGACUGAGAAACCAAGGAUAACUUGAGAUUUAUUUUAAGAAGCCAAAACAUAUGUUGCUGACUAGAGAUGCCGCAUAACUUAAUGCCCUAUUUUUUCUUGAAAUGGAGAAACACUAAGUUCUAUAAUUCUCCUCCAUUUGUCACCCUGCUUCAUUGUUGCACCUUUUCUCUUAAAUGAAAAUCACUUUGGCCAGUGAGCUAGAUCCAAAACAGAACUUCCCUGUACCAUUUGGUCAUCUGGUUUCUGUAUGUUCCUUUCCUUGACAUUGACAAGCACUACUGAGGAUCAGCUUGAGUUUUUGCUGGCACUAUGUGGCAUAGAUAUGGUUCAAUAAGACACUAGUGAUAUUUUCAACAUUAUGGUAAUUUUAGAGCUUACUCUUGAGGAAAAUGUUACAUUUCAGAAGUUCCACAGUAAAAAUCAAAAUGCCAGGAAUCACGAUGGAGCUUCAGUCCCAUUGCUGUAGCCAAGUUUGUAGGGCACGCACUUCUGGUGGCUGGUGAUGCUGACAUUUACGAAGGCAAUUCAAAAGCAGCAGAGAGCGUGUGCUUUCUCAUUUUUGCUGAACUAAGAUAAUUUAUACUAACAGCAUGAUCCCAGAGUAUCCUGUCAGUGUCUGUCACUUUUUCACUAGUGGAGGAGGCUAAGCAAUCUAUCACAUCACCUUAAACAGUCUGAAUUUGCUUCAAGAUUGCUCCCAAAUGGCCUGCCAGCAAGGUGCCCUCCCUCAUUGAUUUGUCACAUUGGCCAAGGUGACCAAGAGAUAGCCUUGGCCCCAGCUAGGAGCCUUGUACUUUCCCUUUCCUUUUGGUUUUGCAUCGCAUCAGGAGUGCAAUUAGUGGUGAAUAGAUGGCAGGUCAGCUGUUGCUCCAGAUGGUAAGAAUGGCAAAGCCACAUGGCAACUGAGCUACUGUUGUCCUCAAAGACACCAGUGAAGGCAAAAGAGCUGGUGUUGUAAACCAGCAGCUUCUGCUGCUUGCCCCUCCAAAACUUGUUUUGGUCAACUGUGCUGUUGCCCUCAAAUAUGCUUUGUGUGUGAAAACCUGAAUGCGGUUGUUCUCUUGUCUGUCUGUUUUUCUUCUGCAUCACGGAUGUGGCACCAACAUACUCUCACAACAAGCUUCAGUUUUGUUUUGCUGUUGUUAUUAACAUGUAAUUCUACUGUAGACCAAAAAAACAUGAAAAGGAAAAAAGAUCAGUUUCAAGACAUAAAAGACCAGUGAGUGAAAGGUGAAAAAAUUAGGAAGUGAAGGUGUGAGAGAAGCAGUGGUUAACUGUGUUGAGUUAGAAAUCUCAGAAUAGCCUUACCUAUUUCUUAACCAAUGCUUACCAGUCAUCCGGUAGUGGGGUUAGAUAGCUUUCUUGGCUCAUUCGUACUUGUAUCCUAAUAUAUAUAUAUAUAUAUAUAUAUACAUAUAGAUGUGUAUAUAUAUGCACAAACAUAUAUAUAUAUAUAUAUAUAUAUAUAUAUAUAUAUAUAUAUAUAUAAAGUUUUUAUUUCUUUGGUAUUGCUGUUGCACAUCAUGUUGUCUUUUAUAAUGACUGAUUUUUAUUGUGUUGUACUUUAUCAGUCUGGUUUGGUUUUGUUUUCCUUUCGAAGGAUGGGAAAAGUAAUGUUUCCUUUUUGUUUUGAAUUUUUGAGAAAAAAAUGCACUGGAAGUAAACACAAACACAUUUUGCCAUUUGAAAAAAAGGAAAACACACAGCCACACAGUGAAAAAGGCCAAGAAAAAGCUCCUCUCUUCCUUAUUAUGGAAGCAUCCUCUAAAAGAUAUGCUAGAAAGAAAACAAUCAGUCUCAAUCAAGAGAGAAGCCUCUUUGAUCCUAGCUCUGCAGUCUGGAGUAUUUUAGCACAUUGUUUUGCAGGGUUGGGCUCCUAAAUGGCCAACAGUCAUAAAAUCCAGAACCAUAUGGGGCAGAUUCAUCCCUGGUGCAAGCAGGUGUAAUUGCGAUGAAGUCAAAGAAGGUACACAAAGGAUGGAUUUGGCCACGUGCGUGCAAGAUACAGCUGCCUUACUCAUAGUACUCGAGUCCCCACUGCUAGAUUUUGUUGCCGUCAAAAUAGUUGGUCUUUUGGCUGUGUUAAUCGCAUAAUACCCCUUGAACAUCGUUCAAGGUAGGCAAAACACUUUCCCGCUGAAUAAAUGAGUUCUGGAUGCACCUUGGUGUGACACUUUUUGCCUACCAGCUUUCAGCUGUUACCCACUCCCAGCUGGGAGCUGAUAAUGAUCUAACUCUGGCUGAAGAACUUGCCUUUGCCAGAAAAACGGACUUGACUAUUAAGAAACUUUCUCGUAUUUAAUUACUAUGAUCCAGAAAUGGCCCUUGCACUUUUAAGGCAUAUGGAAACAUCCUCUCUGUCUUUCAAAAUGGCAGCAGUUCUUUUGCGAGUAAAACGCCACAUGCACCCAACAUGCGGUCCCUGGGCUCAUCGCCCCAAAUUCUUAGCAGAUCUUUCUGUGCCCGGCAGUGUCCUGUCUCCAUAGUGCCUGGUCACUUGUGUACAGCGGGACAGAGACCCGUCUUGAAAUAAAUGCAAAGAGCGUAUACAUUUUAAAAGGCAGAUGAUUUUCCUGUUACGCCAGCAUCUUUGAAUCCCCCUGUCAGCUGAUGGGUUUUCGUAGCCUGACAGCUUUCAAUCAGUUGUUGAACCAUUGGCUUUCUCUGUUUUGUUUUGGUUUUUUCUGUUUUGUUUUCCUAAGGAGGGAAUGUGGGGUGGGGAGAUUAAUGAGUUGUUGUUUGUAACUUCACAGUCCUGGUAGUUGGUUUGUAUCUUCCAUAUUUUAUGCAAAAACAGACAUUAUAAGUCAAUAAAUAAUUGUGCCCUAGGUCGAAAGUUAAGUGUUCAGGAAAGGAAAAAAAAAAGGUUGGCAUUUUUCUACAUUUUUGUGAAAACUCUUUUGGAAAGGAAGGGUACAUAUUUUUGUUGUGUAGUAUUUUCUAUUUUUGAAUGCAUUUUCUUGGUACAAGACUGUUUUGUGGAAUUUUUUUUUUCUUUUUGGUGAACACAUUAUUUAAAAAAAAAAAAAAAAAAAAGAAAAGAAAGAAAAAAACUAAUUGAAAAGUUUGCCCUUAAGGAUAUGCUGCAGCUUUGAGGUUAAAAAAAAAAAAAAAAAAAAAAAAAAUCAAGGCGCGUGUUAAAAGUUGGGGGAUUGUAUUGUUGGGAGUUUUUUUGUAAUUGUUACAAGAAGAAGUUUGUAGCCACUGCUGUUUAUUUUGUUUCAGAUGAGUAAGUAAAGGGAUUGUUCUUGUGUUAUUCUUUUUUUUUUUAGAAGAAAAAAGUUAUUUAUGAAAUGUCACAAACACUGGACUGUGAGUUUGUGUGGAAGCAUUUUACCACCCUGUGUCUUCAUAGGGCUGUUGGUGAUCCUACUUCUCAUUACUCUGCCUUAUGAUUUCCUGAGCAAAUUGGGGGAGAGGCGGGGAAUGCAGGCAGAGAGAGAAACUAAAUGCAUUUUUGAGGCAGAGACUCGGGGGAAAAAUGCAAAACAGUGUUUUUGAAUCCCAAAGCCAGGCCAUCAGCUCUGCUUCUCCUCCCAUCCACCACAGGAACGAGAAAGGCUCCCAGUCACCCGUGGUACCAAGACAUGGCGAUGCGCGAGGGGUUAAGUGACUGAGAGCCGCGGUGCUCAUGCUGGCCUCUGUAAAUGACAUCUCAGUUUCUCAGUCAACAGCUCCCCUUGUUUGCCCGUCAUCCGGUGGCUUUUGUGACCAAUUCACCAACCCAGGUGAAACCACGAGGAUGGUUUGUGUUUUCAGUUGCCAAUCAAGCCUUUUUGGCACCUCAACAGUGGGAGUGACUGGCAGGGAACACUACUCAGUUUAAUCACUGGUUCUGGAUUUGAGGAGAAGUAGAGACUGAGUGCGACCAAAGAGGUGUGCCAUGUUCUCGAUUUUUGAAGAACGGGCUUAAAAAGACUAAAGCAGUGCUCCAGGCACUCAUGGGACCAGAGAAAAGGGAAGGAGGAAGACACCAACAGCCAUAACAAAAACUGGAGAUAUGUAACUGGGCUACGUUUGAGACCAACCAGACUCUUUUCCUUCCUGGAUGAUAAUGCAGCCAAAUCUUGAGACUGUCAAGUGGACAGAAAGCUGAAUGUGGCCUUCAUUUCUCCUGCCUUUCCUUUUUAUUCUCCCUCUUCCUUUGCCCUGAGAUUUCUUCUCAGUGAGCACCGCUCCACUGAGCACUUUUUGCCCUCCACCUAAAAUGCCCUUGCUUUCAAAAUGUGGGUUCAGUCAGGACUGAGUAAAAUCAUGUGCCUUCUUUUUCCCCUUUUGUAAUUAUACCAACCUCCUCCCUUUCCCCGACUUACACAUGUGAAGGACACAGGAGGAGGCUCUUCAGAAGUGCUACUUGUCUAUAGGUGUCCAGCAAAACAGUAAGGUGGUGGUGAAGGGGAAGGAGAGUGGAGAGAUGCUAUUAACUCCUUUCCCUUUCCACACGUAGCAGGUCUUCCCAAGGAGACACCCUCCACCACCACCUCCUCAGAUGUUCCUCUCUCCUACAGAGCAGUUGUAGUGGGCAUGGGGUGGCUCUUCUCUCCCGUUUCUGUCCCAGCUGAGUGAUGCACUCACUCGAUUUUCAAUUCAUGCCAUUUGCAAGCAGUUACAUUGACAAGACAAAUGCAGUUUGUGGCCUUAUCAAGAUGACUUUUAAACCACUAAAAGAAAAAAAGGCAACUCAUUUCCUGCCCAAGGUUUGUGUCACUUCUAAAAACCCAGUCCAUAGCAGUUCAGGCACCUUUAAUUUUAAUCUCAGUGCAUUUUAACUAUGGUGGCUAAACAGACCAGCCUAGAGCUUAAUUGCUAGACCCUCUGAUCUCAUGCUUUCUUUGCUAUAACCCCUAUCGUCUGCUUGCUUUUUCUACUUUCUGCUAUAUUCUCUGCUUUACGAGGCAGCCCUGCCCUUUGGUGAUGGAUGAGAGGAGCCAGUGAGAUCCUGGCUCAAGGAAGGCAGUUAAAGUAUCCUUUUCAGUGUUUUAGCAGGAGAAGGAUAUACCAGCUGCCGUGCAUGUUAUGAUGGGCUGGCUGCAGUAUUUUUAGGGCCAAUGAACCCCACCCAGUUACCGGAACAUGGCUUGUUCCCAGGUCAAAAACCCUGGCGAAAAAAGAGCACACUGGCAUAACAAAAAAGCAGCGUGCAAUCCACAGCUGCUUGUGGGCAAAGACAGGGACCCAACCGCUGCCCGGCUUCUCUGCAGAUUUGCCAGGUGCACAGUGAGUGUCCCCAGCUCCAUGGAGGAGCCAGCUGCACUGUAGGGGCUUCUCUGAUUUUAAGAAUCAACUCAAAGCAGCCCCUGACUAGUGUCUGUCUGGCAGGCAGGCACGAGAGUGGGUGCCCACCCAUGCUGUUCCUCCACACAGCAUGGAGAUCCGCAUGGGCUUUCCAGGAACUUACCCUUUCUGAAAUCCACCUCUGAAACCUGUAGCACCUGAGUGAUGGAAAAGUCCCUUGAGCACUUCCAUGAAUGGUCCAGUAAAUGAAAAUGUUGUGGAGGAGGGCCUGGAAAUUUAUUCUUUAGGCUGGGCUCUGGAGACAGGGAGGAGCAGCAGAGGAACACUGUAAGCAUUUCCCCCUCCCAGUUAACAAUCUGCAUGUGUGCAUGUAUAUACAAGAGAAGGGGUGUAUUCCUACCUAUCUUUGGUGCUGAUGGACUUAAGACAUUUGUCCAAGGCCUACUUUUGACACACUUAGAGAACAUAAGAAGAAAACUCUAUCACAUGCAAUAUUUCCCCCAAAAAAAGGAGUGAGGGGGAGGAGAGCAGUGUAGGCAGUGAGGAUUGUUAGGGUUGGAUUAUUUUGCAUCUUUCGUAAAACUGUAAUUUCAGCAGUGCCUUAUUCCUAAUAGAUGCUGGCACUUGGGACACACACACACACUAUGAAAGACAGAACUAGGGAGAGUCAGGUGUACAGCCAUAAGACAGAAGUCAUUAAUCAUCGUAGAGGAGGCUGUACUGGGAAUGACACGGCUAUGUCGGAAUUGAAAACAGUUCUAAUAUUCAACCUCUAAAGCAAUUUCCAUUCCACCACCUCCUGCCUUCCCUCCUUGCCAAUGGUGCUGCCCAAGAAUAGCUGCCUACACCAAGGCCUGUCACUGCCCCGUUUGCUUUUGGCGUUGUCAAGUCCAAGGAGUUCAGCAUAGUCAAGCUUUCCACUGCUAUCGUGUUUUCCAUGGGGUAUGUGAAUGCCAGUUAUUUUGCUUUAAAUGCACUUUAAAAAAAAAAAAAAAAUCAAAGCUCCAGACUGUUUCAAAUACAUAGGGGAAGAUAGUGCAUAUGUGUUUGAACCCAGUUCACUUUAUCUCCAGUUAAAAUGUACUCCAUGCGGUGUGUAUGUAUAGAACAAUGUGUAUGCAUACAAACACACAUGUCAACCUUAAAUAUCAGCAGACUAACCUUUCUCCUUAAGCUCAUGAAACCAGAUGCUACACAAACACAGCAGCAGCAGAGGAAUUACGGUUGGGCUCUUGAAACAGAUCACAAAAAAUAAAAACAACUACUUGGUCCUUUCUGUAUGUUCAAUAAUUACAGAAGGAAUUGGGUUGUAACCAGAAUAAAAAGGAACGGUGCUAACUGAAUGAACAGGGAAAAAAGAAAGACAAAAACAAAAAAUCAGCCCAAUAACGCAGUUUGACUUUUAUGCUAAUUCUCACAUUGGGUUGGUUUGUUACUUUUUUUUUGGUUUAUACGAAAAAAGAAUGCAUCUAGACUAAUCCACCACAGUAACAACAACAACAACAACAACAAAAAGAAGCAAACAAAAAUGCAUCUUGCCCUGAGGAAGCUCUUGUUUAUGGAGGAUGUCAGAAGUCUCAAAACUCUUGGCCUUGCUCUCACGUACCACAUGCUCAAUCAGUCCUUUUUUAAAAAUGUCUGAAACUGAAAAAAGAAAAAAAAAAAAAGAAAAAAAAAGAAAAAAAAAAACCUUUUUGAA